AUGCGCAGUAACUGGGAAAUAUGGUUGAAAACUGGCAGCUAUGCCGCGCAGCGCAGGAAUCGAGCUAAAUGUGUCUGUCAAGAGGAAUCGUUGUGCAGCGACCGUGCCGGAGGACCAAACCGGGGACAAGCGAGACUCGUAGAGAGGAAGCGACUGAGAGCCGUGGCGAAUGAUUAUUUUACACGGGAUCACCGGAGAUAGACGAAGAGAUAGGGGGGAUAGGACGAAGCCUUUUCCUCUUUCCCAGUGGGCACGGAAGAAAGAUAUACCCGGCGAUGUCCCUCCUAAACGUCUAGGAUCUACUCCGUGCCCGCUUGUUGUUUUUUCUGGUUGACUGUUAUUGAAAACAAACAGACAAAAAUCCAAAGGGCCACUAUGGUUUUAUUAGACCUCCAUUCUAGGAGAUGUUUGAGUAGCUUGUGCAUAGGGACGCUGUGCGUGCAGUUCCUGCUGUGGAUUUUAUGCGCGGUGAACGGAGAGGAGCAGCCGUUCAGCGUGGAGGCAUGGCUCCAGAGGUACGGCUACCUCCCCCCCGCAGACCCCCGCAUGUCCCUGCUGCGGUCAGCCCGGGCCAUGCAGUCCGCCAUCGCUGCCAUGCAGCGCCACUACGGCCUCAACGUGACGGGCACGCUGGGCCGCAGCACCGUAGACGACAUCACAGUAAGCUGGAUGAAGAAGCCCAGAUGUGGAGUGCCGGACCAGUGGGGCGCCUCCAAAUUCAAUGUGAGGAAACGACGGUACGCCCUCACGGGGCAGAAGUGGCAACAUAGACAUAUCACUUACAGCAUAAAGAACGUGACGCCCAAGGUGGGCCGCGAGUUGACACACGACGCCAUACGGCGAGCGUUCGACGUGUGGCAGAACGUGACGCCGCUGCGCUUCGAGGCCGUGCCCUACAGUGAGCUGGAGCGCACCAAGAAGGACGUGGACAUCACCAUCAUCUUCGCCUCGGGUUUCCACGGCGACAGCUCGCCCUUCGACGGCGAGGGCGGCUUCCUGGCCCACGCCUACUUCCCGGGCCCCGGCAUCGGCGGGGACACGCACUUUGACUCGGACGAGCCGUGGACGCUGGGGAACCCCAACCACGAUGGUGAGUGUCGUUGCCGCGGCGAUAUCGAGAUCGCACGGCGAUGUGUGCCCAAAAAAGGAACCCCUGUCCUAACGACCUGAUAUAAAACAGCGUCGUAACAUGGUGCCCAAAAAAAAAGCACAUUUGUCUGCUUUGAUGCUGUCUGGUUCUGCUAUUGGCCGCUGAUGAGGUCCCAGUGCCAUGUAUUUGUGGUCGCAAUUGGACGCAGAUGGAUCUUUGCGAGUUUUCCCCUCAUGGCUUCCCUCCUUAAAUGAAUCAAAACAAACCUAGUGCUGCACUCCACCUCUGCCAGUCAACGGAGGACAUCGCAUCCUCUUCAACCUUUUGCACGCGGCAGGCUGUCUUUAUUUGCCCACCGACUCCUGCUGGAUUAUUACAUUGAGUGAAGGCCUUCAGUGGAGGAGAGGUUUGGCUGCUGGGUAUCUUCGUACGGUUUGUGAGUACACAACCAGAGAAGAGGCAGUUCAAUGUUGGGUGAGGCCGAUGCGAUUUUGCAUUCGGGUGAUCGGAUUGUGGCGUGUCGAGUUUGCAUCUGUAUUUGCGUGUGUGUCUAUCGGGGCAAAUGUGUUUGAGCUGUGCAAGCUGUGCGUGUGUGUACGGGUGUGUGUGCAUGUUUGUCUGUGCUUUUUGUGCUUGUGGGUCACAGUCAUCCAGCGGAAUGAUGGCUAGGUUCGCCCAGUUGACCUCUCGACCCCGUUCUGUCCUCAUUCGGCCGGAGGAUUACCCAUUUGUGAUGACAGAUUGGUAAUGAGAGGGAGGGAGAGAGAGGACGAGAGAGAGGGAGGGAGGGAGAGUGAGAGAGAGAGAGAGAGAGAGAGAUCGCGAGAGAGAGGGGGAGAGAGAGUGAGGGACAUAGAGCAAGGGAGAGCGAGGGAGAGAGAGGGAGAGCGAAACAGACAGAAACGUGGGAAGAUGUGAGUCAGACUAAGAGUUGAGGUGAGGUAAGCCCGAGGACAGAAAACACAGCGUGAGCGAUCGAGGGCGAGAGACGGAGAGAACUGAAAGAGAGGGGAGCAUCCCCCACCGCCCCCGUCAAUGAGGGCGAAGGGGUCAGUGAGCCGGGAGAUCCAGGCACAGCUCAUUAAACGGCGGGAUGCCACAGGUUGAGCAGAUGAGGAAUUUGAGAAAAAAAACAACAAGAAAUAGCCCAGGGGCGCUUCACAGCUCCGGCGUGGUCCAGAGCUGGCUGCUGCUGAUGUGGCAGGCGGCAGGCGAGACAUCCGGGCCUCCUCAUCGACCCGGAGACACGCCAGCGCCAGCGGGGGUUCAAAGAGGCGUCGGCUCUCCUUCCUCCUUCCUCUCGUCUCUCGUCACUCCUGUCACCUGUUAGCUAAGCCCUUUCUCCACCCCUCCAUUUCCCUCUCGCUCUCUUGCCUACAUCCCUCCUCCCAGCACCCCCCCCCCAGCCCCCCU